CAGGAUGGUUCAGAAACUAUAGCGCAACUUUCACUUUCUUCUGGUGAACGGGAGGUGUAUCAUCUUGACGAACACGAAUUAGGCUAUUUAUGCUAUAUAGUGAGCUUGCUAUUAUAUUCUGCCCAGCUUUGACAGACAAGGUAUUUCACUAGAUGACAAACAGCUUUAAAAAAAAUGGCGGCGGAAGAACCUGAUGUUACUCAGCUAGAGGGAGAAGCCGUGGAGCUUGAAGAUGCAACAGACGCCAAACCUGACCGAAAGGGAAGAUUCCUCCUCUUUGGACGUAAGAAGAAUAAGGAUGGCAAGACGCGGGAGCAGGACUACUCUUCUGAAAGCCAUUACAGAAUCGUUUCACCAACAUUCCAGUAUAAGAUGAGCCACCAGCGAGUGGGCAAGUGCAUCAUAAUCAACAACAAGAACUUUGAUGAAAAGACGGGGAUGAAUGUACGCAAUGGCACGGAUCGAGACGCAGGUGAAUUGUUUAAGUGCUUUAAGAGCCUGGGCUUUGACGUCUGCAUCUACAAUGACCAGACGUGUGAGAAGAUGGAGCGUCUUCUCCGAGAGGCCUCAGAGGAGGACCACAGCGACAGCUCCUGCUUUGCCUGCAUCCUGCUGAGUCACGGUGAGGAGGGUAUGAUCUAUGGCACUGACGGAGCCAUGCCCAUCAAGAGCAUGACCUCACUCUUCAGGGGUGACAUGUGCAAGAGUCUAGUGGGCAAGCCCAAACUCUUCUUCAUCCAGGCUUGUCGGGGCUCUGAGUUUGAUGAUGGCAUACAGACGGAUUCCGGGCCCCCCAAUGAUACCCUGGAAACGGAUGCAAAUCCAAGGCACAAGAUUCCUGUUGAGGCAGAUUUCCUUUUUGCCUACUCCACCGUGCCAGGGUACUAUUCGUGGAGGAACCCUGGGCGCGGCUCCUGGUUUGUCCAGGCACUCUGCAACGUCCUCAAUGAGUUUGGCAAGCAGCUGGAGAUCAUGCAGAUCCUCACACGUGUCAACUACAUGGUGGCCACCAGCUUCGAGUCCUGGUCCGAGGACCCACGUUUCAGCGAGAAGAAGCAGAUCCCCUGCGUGGUCUCCAUGCUGACCAAGGAGCUGUAUUUUAACUGACCGCCAUUGACCACUGACAGACUGACAGACUGACGAGACUAACUAAACCACGCACUAACCGAGCGGUCGAAAAAUUCAGGGUUGAUCCAGGCCCAGCAGGACGCUGCGCGGUUUGGGUGAGAACGCCGUUUUGCACGUGUAGUGUAGCUGGGCACAAAACAAGCUCUCCAAAUGAAUUUCUACAGUGGCACGCUGCGUUCAUGUGUUGGUGGUGAUACUUGCCUCUUCUUCAGGUUAUUCCUAGGAAUAAUGAUGUCACAUUUGAUCUGGUUUUUGUCAACAGGCAGUGUGAAAUAUCCAUGUUAUUUUACUGACCCGGGAAAUUUGCCACCAUUUUUGUAGGGUUGUUAAAGGGUUAGGAAUGAGUUAUAUCUGAAAUCUGUUAUCUGAAAAUUGUCUUGUUCAUUUUCCAGCCAAAUGUGGACAUGCGUACAAGCAUUUGAUUGGUUGGCCAAUAUCCUAGCGAACAUUAUUUGUGCCUCAGGGCAUUUCCUUUAGGUUUGGGGGGAAGGGGGCAUUUCUUGAAAUGAAGAGGUAGAUUUCCAGAGACAUCGUACUACAUACUAUUUAGAAUGUACUGUUCAGUAAAAACAAAUGCAGUAAGCAACACAUAUCAGCAUACUAGGCUCAUCCUACUGAGAAUGCGUAAUCUAAUGCGCAAUUGCGUUGAUUCCUGCCAUUCGUUCACUUUGGUACAGCGCGUCUCCUCAGCUGUUGUCAGACACACGUGGGUCUCGAAAGACGAUUCUCUUCCUAAAUAGUGUGCAGCAAAUUCUACUAGAUGAAAAGCCGAAAUAAGUAUGACAUCCUAGCAUUUAAAGCAUACUCAAUUAGCUGAAUUUCACAUAAUAUAAAACUUUCGCAUACCCAAAAUGCCUUAUAUUUAGAACGCAAGUAUGGGUAAUUGGACACGGCCACUGUGAGAACGUUUAUGAAACAUCGUACUUGAACGUUCUUCUAAAAUGUUCUACAAGUGUUUGGGGAUUAUUCGCUUAUGAUGUUAUACAACCACACGGAAACCAGAUAAAACAUUCCCUUAUGCUGUAAGGAUCCUGGUUGGUUGGGAGAGCCAUGUCUCAUUAAGUCAAAAUGCUGUGACGUGUAAGGACGUCAGACUAUUAGAGGGGACUUGCUUAUUGCAGUAGCAUAAUAGUUGUCUCAGGAUGUAGGCUACACUGGUCAGUGCAAAGCACCUUACCUUAUGAAAGAUCACGGCAAUAUGCUGAAUUUCAACUGAAUCAGAAGGAUAGCGGCUGGAAAAUGUAUCAUUUAAUUUUUGGCUAUUUGUCUUAAUGUUUUUAUAAUAUCAUUAAUCCUCAAAAGGGAUUAGGUCUCACUCAAAGAGCAAUCACUUGUCAUAUGAUCCCAUGUAACAGCGGCACAAAGUCAAGUAUGAAUAAUUCGACUAUUGAUACCAAAAAUGCACUCCCAGCAGUGACUGUUAAAGAUUACAUGUUACUGUCAUCCUCAGGUUUCUUUGUGAGUGAGAUUUAUUCUUUGUGGAUUUCUUGAGUUUCACUGGCACAAUUGUCAGGAAAGAGUGCUAAUCUGUUGCAUGAAAAAAAAAAAAAAAACCUUUACGUGGAUUUUGGUCAAGGGCACAGGAAAUGUUCCAUCAUACCACAAGCAAGGAGGACUUGAUAUUUUGCCAGUUUAUAUGUACAAACAUUUAUUCAAUAGGUUGAAGAUUAUGAAGCUGGCAGUAAAGCAAAAAGCAUAACUUUUAUUGCUUGUCAUUCUAACUUUAACCACUGGAGUCAAUGUAUUUACACUGAGUAUACAAAACAUUAAGAACACCUGCUCUUUCCAUGACAUAGACCGACCAGGUGAAAGCUAUGAU